UAUUCAACAGCUGUACGACAACGGCACAUGUCAAGUGAUCCACAACGGAAAACUCAGCGAGGCGUUUGGAGUAAACACAGGAGUCAGACAAGGGUGCUUAUUAUCACCAAUGAUAUUCCUAAUUGUGGUGGACUGGAUUAUGCGUCAGACAGUGGGAAACGAGAAGACAGGGAUAUCCUGGACCGACGUGAAGAACCUAGAAGACCUGGAUUUCGCGCGUGGAUGAUUUAUGUUUGAUGUCACACAAAAUCGAAGACUUACAAGCGAAAACCGACAAACUGGUCGAAGAAGCAGCAAAGACAGGACUCCAGGUGAACAUAGACAAGACGGAGGUUAUGAAAAUAACCAACCAACAACAACAACAACAGCAGCAGCAACAUCCAGCGCCAAUCACCAUCAACGGGAGGGAUUUGAAAGAGGUUACUUCAUUCACUUAUCUAGGGAGCAUUGUCUCAACUACAGGAGGAGGAACGGACGAGGAUGUCAAAUCGAGAAUCGGGAAGGCGAGAAAACACAUUCAUCAACCUGAAACCAAUCUGGAAAUCUUCGUCACUCAGCCUGCAUCAACAACAAAGUGAUUCGGAUUUUCAAUACAAA